AUGAAACCAGCCUCCAGGACGCAUUCGACUCGGUUAACCGGUAUGUUUUUCCUUGAGGAGUUUGUCCUUCAAGGAAUGUUCCGGAAGUUUAUGGACAUAAUAAUAAGUUCUUUGUAUUCUCUGACUUUUGAGCGUGUGAAAGUAUACAGAAAAACUGUCCAAAAGCUUGCGUACACAAAGUGGUGUCCGUCUGGGUUGCUCAUUCUUUCCUUUCCUAAUGGAUUUCCUGGUCGAUGA